AUGGAGGGUGGCGCGUUCUCCAGGGGCAGGGAGGGGAGGCUGGCCCCCCUGGAAACAGAGGCAAAGCAUUCUUCAGGCCAGUCGGAGGGCCCCUGCUGCCUGGGAGAGGAGAGCAGCGAGCAGUUCCAGGGCCUGCAGCUGGAGCGCGAGGCAUGCCUGGCCUCCAACUACGCGUUGGCCAAGGAGAACCUGGCCCUGCGGCCCCGCCUGGAGAUGGGCAGGGCUGCCCUGGCUAUCAAGUACCAGGAGCUGCGCGAGGUGGCUGAGAGCUGUGCAGACAAGCUGCAGCGACUGGAGGACAGCAUGCAUCGCUGGAGCCCCCACUGCGCACUAGGCUGGCUGCAGGCAGAGCUGGAGGAAGCUGAGCAGGAAGCUGAGGAGCAGAUGGAGCAGCUGUUGCUGGGGGAGCAGAGCCUGGAGGCCUUCCUGCCCGCCUUCCAGCGGGGCCGCGCGCUGGCGCACCUGCGGAGGACCCAGGCCGAGAAGCUGCAAGAGCUGCUGAGGCGCAGGGAACGGGCCGCCCAGCCGGCCCCCACCGCCGCCCCCGACCCCCCCAAACCCUUCGCCCCUGCAGCUGUCCUGCCCACCGGGGCCUCCCGGGGGCCACCAGCAGUGCCCCGGAGCUUGCCUCCCUUGGACUCCCGCCCAGUGCUCCCGAUGAAGGGCUCCCCCGGGUGCCCCCUUGGCCCGGCCCCCCUGCUGAGCCCUCGGCCCUCGCAGCCAGAGCCCCCCCACCGGUAG